CUCACGCGCAUAAGGACGACACUACUGCGGUGGACAUGGCGCCUAGAUUCGCCGCAAAACGCGGUCAACAAGGCAUCUGUAGUGAUCGCAACGCAGCAGUCUCACCAGCACGAGCACCUGAGUCAAUGGAUUUUGUCGGGGUUUCGAUCGCACGAUCCGUUUCUGACCAUCCUAUUUUUGCUCGAAUGUGUUUCAGCCAAUCACAGCACCCGAAAACUCUAAAACUGCACAUAACGCGUGCGUACUUGACUGCGAUCCCACUUUCCAUCUGUCGCAGUCGAGCAAGCGGCCUUGAAGGCGGAACAAAUUCGACAUAGUGGGCGCCAUAUAAUUUGGCGCCCCUUCCUCGCUAGACACAACGCCGCAGAUACAUCACAACUGUGGCGAAGGGAGCAAAACCAGCGUGGGCUUCGAGCACGUCACACAACCGAACAAGCUCGAACCCUGGCAACUCACUCCCCCCAUGCACACGGCCCAAGCACUCGCAUCCAUCCGCCGCUCGCGCACCUACGACGCCGAGGGCGGUAAGCGCAAAUACCCGAGCGAACACUCGUCUCUACUGCACGGCAACACCCACAGCGGCAGCAACGGCACGAGCUUCCAAAUGUCCUCGGCCAGCGACGUCAACGACGCGCCGCCCACGCUCAAGGAAGAUUUACACGCCAUCUACGGGAUGCUGAAGGAUCAGCCGCUCAAUCUGUUGCUGCUGGCAGCGCCUUUGGCCGUUUGGGCCUCACUGGGCGGCUGGAGCGACCUCUGGGUCUUUAUCUUCAACUUCCUCGUCAUGAUCCCGCUCGCCAACCUGCUGGGCGAAGCUACAGAGUCUCUGGCCUUCCACACGGGCGAGACUAUUGGUGGAUUGGUCAACGCCACGUUCGGCAACGCCGUCGAGGUGAUCGUGGCCAUCUUUGCGCUUAAAGCGGGUGAGAUUAACGUAGUGCAGAGCUCGCUUAUCGGAUCGGUGCUGUCCAAUCUGCUGCUAGUUCUGGGUUGCGCCUUCAUCGCUGGUGGCGUGCGCAACAAGGAGAACUCGUUCAACGCCGUGGGCGCCAGCGCCAACUCGUCGCUGCUCAUGUUGGCCAGCUUUGCCAUGCUGUUGCCUAGCUAUAUCUUCUAUUUCUCCGAUAACGACUCGGAGGAGACGCGCGUGACCAACACACUGACACUCUCGCGCAUCGCUGCGGCCUUCCUGCUCUUCAUGUACCUCCAGCUGCUCUUCUUCCAGCUCAAAACCCACGCUGACUUUUUCGAAGACGCUCAGGACGAAUCCGAGGAGACUGUGGCACUAUCCAAGCGUGCUAGUGCUACAGUCUUACUAGUGGCCACUCUGUUGGUGUCUUUGUUCUCCGAGUUCCUCGUGAACUCCAUUGACGGCUUCGCUAACGAGAUGCACUUGAGCAAGUCGUUUAUUGGCAUUAUCCUGUUACCAGUUGUUGGUAACGCUGUGGAGCAUGUAACAGCCGUUAAGGUGGCGCUUAACAACAAGAUGGAGUUGGCUAUGGGCGUCGCAGUGGGCUCGGCCACCCAAGUUUCUCUCUUCGUGGUGCCUGUUGUCGUGCUCUCCGGAUGGUUCAUGGAUCGCGCCAUGUCAUUGGCGUUCCCUCAGUUCGAGAUCCUCAUCUACCUCAUGUCAAUCAUCAUCGUCUAUGCUAUUAUCGCGGAUGGCAAGUCCAACUGGCUCGAAGGAUCUAUGCUUCUCACAGCGUACGCAUUGGUUGCUAUUGCACUUGUGUGGGUUGAAGUCCCCACUACAGCAUAAUGAGCGAUCUUCAGUAGUUUUAUCAUAGCUUUUUAGCCUGCAAUAGGAACGAACUAUUGCACCUAUAACUCUUUUUAACCAUUUCAAGAUGAAGAGCUGCAUAUCAGCGAAGUGAUAGUUCUGUUAUUCGAUACGUUAGAUAGAUAAUGGUCGGAUGAUUCAUAUGUCUCUCUAGGGUCCAUUGCCAGC